CCUCACUGCAUUUGUUCGUCCUCUUCCUCUCUCUCUGUAACCGUCUCAUCACAUUCCCCGUCUUUCUCUGAUUCUUCUCUCCCGCCAAAAACCCAUUUCUCCCAAUCGAUCAAAUGCCACGGAAACCCAAACCCAAGCCCAAAUCCAAACCCACUAUCCCCCCUAUUCCGCCCCACCUGAAAGCCGGCAAACAGGUGGAGAUCAGCUCCGAUGACCCGGGUUAUCGUGGCUCUUGGUACGCCGGGACCGUCAUCAGGCGUGUCUCUUCUAAAGAUCCCAACAAGUUCGUUGUUCAGUACACCAGUCUCUUCAAAGACGAGGAGGGAAAGAAGCCACUCAGAGAGGUUCUUGAUGCGGUUAAUCUGCGGCCACCGGCACCCAAGGAGAAGGCGAGGAAGUUCCGGUUCAGUGAGAAAGUGGAUGCUUUUUACAAUGACGGCUGGUGGGAGGGUGUGAUAACGGAGGAUUUGGGAAAAGGAAGGUUCUUGGUGUACUUUAGGCCGACUAAAGAACAGAUUGAGUUUGGGGAGAAAGAGUUGAGGCUACACAGGGAAUGGGUUGAUGGGGUUUGGAAGCCUCCAUUGGAGGAGGAAGAUGACAAUACAUCUAAAGGCAUGACCUCUGACAAAGGACUGGCUGAGGAGAUAAAGCUGGAUUCUAAUCAAUCAAUGUCUGAAAAGAAGUUGGAGUCUAACAAUUUGUUGACUGAAGAAAAGUUGAAAUCUAACAAUUCAAGGACUGGGGAGAAGUUUAGUGAGGGAAUGCGGGUUGAAGUUAGAAGUGAUGAAGAUGGUUUUAAAGGUGCUUGGUUUGCUGCAACAAUAGUUGAAGCAUUGGGAAGGGACAAGUAUAUAAUUCAGUAUGAAAGCUUGAGAACAGAAGAUGACAAAGAUUUUCUAAAGGAAGAGGCUGAUGCAGUGCAGAUUAGGCCUUAUCCACCAGAAACUGUUGUUGAUCAUUACAAAUUGCUUGAAGAAGUUGAUGCUUUGUAUAAUGAUGGUUGGUGGGUGGGUGUGAUCUCUAAGGUUCUCCCCAACUCAAGAUACAAAGUAUAUUUUCAAACCACCUCGGAGGAACUGGUGUUUGAUCACUCUCAGUUAAGACUACAUCAGGACUGGAUUGAUGGAAAAUGGGUUGUGGCUUCUCAGGCAUUGAAGUUGUGAUUGCUGAAGGUGACCACCAUCACAUAUGAUCGGAAGCAAGGACUGAUUCUUAUAUUGGAAGUUGUGGGGCUGAAUCACCAUCAGUUCUUUUCUCAUUUUUUCUUUAACAUGAAAACAGUUGUAGAACUGCUGAGAAGGCAUAGUAGGGAUUUUAAACCCUCAAAAAAAUAUUCUGUCUAUUUCUUGCUUCUUUCUACUUUUUAGUUAGAUUGUGAGGAAGCCUCUUAAUUUCAUGAUGUUACUGUGAUUAAGAGCAAACAAAUAUUCUAGUGGGAU